AUGGAUGACGGAACGAAAUACUCCACAAGCAGGCUGGUUAACAGGAACUUGAUGCCCUCGGGUGGUAAGCCAUGGGAUCUAGCUUCGUGGUUCGGAAGCACCGAAUUCCGAGAGAAAAACUGCAACGCAAACUUUAGAGAGGAUGGCCAAGCGAAUGAAGAGUCGUUGACUGACAACCUGUCGGCGGGGAAGGUAUUGCGAUUGGUUAGUCGUCGUUCCUGGAGAUUGAGAGAGGAGGAGCAGGGAAACGAUCAAAAUGUCCAAAUGUUCGCCAAUCCCCGUAGCAAAAUGGUGACGAGUGAAGCUGCGUGGCGAUACUUCUUCUCCCCAGUCAUGUCCGGGAGUAUGCGUCUUAGUGGGCAGUUAGGCGUAGAAAUGACAAGUCAGCGGACAGGAAGACAGACAAGGAAAGAGAAGAAAACGAUUGUCGAAGACGUCAAGAUUCAACAAUGUGAAACUCCUGCUCUCCUUCAUCAAGCUCAAAGGUUCAUGUGCUCCUGCAGUGCAGUGGAUGAUGAGGUUGAAACAUAG